AUGUCAAGCUCUCUCAUCAAUCCCGCAAUCACUAAGCUCUACAAAAAGAGUAAAUCAAAUCAAAGUACCAGUACCUUAGAGACUAUUUCUGAGGAAAAGUCUUUCUUCUUAUGCACUAAGGCUAAGAAGGUCAGCAAAAGUGGUCUUUUUUCAAAUGACAGAUUUAUUUGUAUCGAUAACAACAGAAUUUGCUACUAUAGCAAACUUUCAUAAAAAAGCACUAUGAGCAUGAAAGAAAUGCAAAAAGUCACUCCUAAAUUAUCAUUCAAGCACUCUGAACUCCACUCUGUUCAAACAAAUCCCAACAAACCUAACAUGCUAAUCAUCAAUGUUCUUGGCAAUGUAGAAAUUAAAGGAUAACUUUAAAAAUUCAAGACAAUUCAAUAAAUUAAAUUUUUGUUCAAAAACCAAAAUGACCAAUUUAAGUACAAAAUGAUCAUGGAAAAGAUCAUUGAUAACGAAAAAUUAUGUUUAAACAAAUAAAACUUAGAAGAUUAAUACAUUUCUAUCUUACAUAACUUCUGA